GUUGGACCGACGACGUGACCGUGUGUGUGUUUGUUGGUUUUGUUGGGAAGCUGGAGAGGUGGUUUCUGUUUUUUCGUACUGUAUAGCCUAAAUGUAGCAGGUUAUAAACUAAGUUUCGGUAUUACUGCAAGAUAAAAUUUGCUUAAAGAGCAGUUGCCAGGAGAGGGGAGACAUUUUUCAUGAAACUGAUUUUGUUGUCAACUUGUUGAACGGAGACCGAUAUUUAUUAACAAGGGACUGAAGCUGAUACUGUGUAAAUCAAACCAUUGCUUUGUGAAACUUAAUCCUGAAUGGUAUAUGUACAAUACAAAAUGCCAAGGGAGUGAAACAGGACUUUAAAAUUUGGUAUUGUUUCUUCCUGAAUGAAUAUUUUAUAAUGUGUGUUUGAAGGAUAUUGAAAAUUUAUGGUAACUUUGCUGCAACAACAGGACUUUAACAGAACUUUGGAUUUGGAAUCUUGCUUGAAAAUUGAGUAGUGAAUUUGGAUUACUAUUAUAUGUACACUGAAGUGUGCACCCAGAUAAUAGAACCACAUGGAUAUGAAUAUGAACUCAUUAGCGGGCAUGCACCCGCAAGUGUCCGGGUACUUGGAUCCAUACACGAUGCCUAUAGAUGUAGCGCAGCAGAUGGCUCAACAAUCAAUGCAACCGAUGAUGCCCAUCCCCCCACAACAAAGUAGAGCAGAAUCGCCCCCACCCCCUAGAGUUUAUAAGCCAUGUUUUGUAUGUCAAGAUAAGUCAUCUGGCUAUCAUUAUGGCGUUAGUGCUUGUGAAGGUUGUAAGGGGUUUUUCAGAAGAAGUGUUCAAAAGAACAUGCAUUAUACAUGUCAUCGUGACAAGAAAUGUGUCAUCAACAAAGUCACUCGCAACCGGUGCCAACAUUGUAGAUUACAAAAAUGUUUUGAUGUUGGAAUGUCAAAAGACUGUGUUAGGAAUGACAGGAAUAAAAAGAAAAAAGUGAAGCAAGAAGUAUCAGAAAGUCUAGUGAUUCCAGCGGAGAUUGAGGAAGUGAUCCAACAGGUACUACAAGCCCACCGGGAUACCUUCCAAGAGGAACCUGCAAAAGAAACAUUCUGUGUGACGUCAGACUUGAAUAGCCCAUGCUCGCUCCAGGUCCCCCAAAGCACUACACUAGGGUUAGCUGGUCAACCAUGUAGUCACGAGAGUGGUGGUGGUGGUGUAUAUAAUCAGAAGCCUUCUAAGCCUUCAACGAUGAACGGAGAGACGGAUUUGUCCUUAUUUCAACAUGUUAGUGAAAUUUCUUCAAAAGCCAUCAUUAUGGUGGUAGACUUUGCGAAGAAACUACCGGGAUUCCAAGUGCUUACGACUCAAGAUCAAAUCACGCUACUCAAGGCAGCUUGUCUCGAAAUUAUGAUUUUAAGGAUAUGUUCUAGAGUUAAUAUGAAAGACGGCAGUGUGACAUUUACCAACGGUCUACGGUUAACGCAAGAACAACUGAAGAGCGGAGGAUUUGGCGCCCUCUUGGACACCAUCUGUCAGUUUGCUGGCGCAUUGACAAAGAUGAAAAUUGACGAGACGGAAGUUUCAUUAUUGGGAGCAAUUUGUUUGAUAAGUUCAGAUCGAUCUGGCUUGAAAGAUCCAAUCAAAAUUGAGAAAAUGCAAGAACCACUACUUGAAGGCCUGCGGUACUAUGUAAGAAAGAGACGCCCUCUUGAGCCACACAUAUUUGCUAAGAUACUAAUGAAGAUAACAGACCUCCGAAGCAUCAGUGUAAAAAGUGCGGAGAGAGUGUUACAUUUGAAAGUUGAAAUACCUGCAGAAUUUCCAGCUCUUAUAACUGAAAUGAUUGAUCGAAAUGAUGACGAUGAUUAGAUUAAUUUAAUAAUUAAUUUUAAAAAGACCUUGUUUCAAGCUGAAAAGAACAAUGCCAGAAACUAUAAUAAAUUCAGAUUUUACUGUCAUUAAAAAAAUAAUAAUAAAUGAUACAAAUAUUUAUGAGCAGCAGUUGAAUUAGACAUGGCAUGAACUGUAAUACCAGAUGAUAUAGUACUGAAAUACAAUGUUUUAAUCAAGGCGGAUUAAAUAUGAUGGCCCUGGUUAUUGUUUCAAGGAUUUUAUACAAAUCCGAGGUGCUGAUUGGUGGAGUUGGCUGAACCCAAACCUUAAACUUCAGUCUUGCUAUCUGUAACAUGUCGAAAGCAUAACAAUUCCCUAAUGGGAAGCCUGUAGCUUUUGAACAAGUGGUUUGAAACAGUGAAAUCCCAGCAUUUCUGCAAGGUUGCAGAAUAUAUAGCGAGUGGCAAGAUAAUGCCACAGCUUGUAUCUAUAUUUUGAGGGAUUGAUACUACGAGCGAAAUCCAAAGUGAGCAAAGGUCAAGUUUAUUUUAUUUGUUAUACACGGAAGCAACAUGAGGAUUAUUUUCCCGGUUCAAUGUCAGAUAAAUAAAAUUGAUCAUCAUCUUGCAGAGAACGUUACAUCUGUUUCACCCAGUCACAUUCUGCUGUUUACGUCACAUGACUGAAGGAUAGCUUCAGGUUUAUGUACAGAUGAACGGACAAUUUUCAGCUCUUGUCUCGGGUACAAACAUAGAAAUGAUAUCAUAACUGGUCGUUCAGUCCUUUCUAGUCCAGAAUUGGUCCCGUAAUGUAUACUUGAGACCAUUUUUUGCUUACACAAUUUUUGUUACAUCAUCUUAUUUCAAUCAGGGUUCUUCAAUAUGCAAAGAAUAUCUCCAUUAGGUUGAUUUUAAUUUAUAGAUAAAAUUAUUUCCAGAUAUAUAUCACAUUUUUCUUUUAAAUGGGGAUAGAAUUUCUCAGUAAAAAUAUAUUCAGCAUUAGUUAUUUUUAUUACAUAAAUUUGUAUUGACCUUUGAUAAUUAAAAAGGUCAGAGUUAAAAUUAACAAAAAUGAUAGUUUAUCAGUCUAUAGAAUUUAAUGAUAAAGCAUACACGUUCAAAUACAAAGAAUGAUUACUUAAUUCUGAUAAAGUGGAUUUUUAAAAUGUAUAGUGUGAUGGUGGGGAGGAUCAAUAGAUUUAUGUAGCGCCCCCAAUGUUUAUCGUAUUACGGUGCUGUAUUUUAAAUAACCAGUAACAAGCUAAGCACAGUAGGUCAACAAGUAUGGGCUUGGAAAGUAUUAGUCAUUUUAGCAUGGCCAUCUAGGCUAAGUCUCCGGUCUGUGCAAUGUCAAAUUGUCUAGACUAGCAAAAGUCAGAAUCUUUGGGCUAUGGUCAAACUACAGUCUCAAGCCUUGUUCAACUCAGUACAGAGAAACUUGUUGUCUGGACCAACCUGUGUUGACUUAUGCCUGGCUUGAAAUUGUUCUCAAGCCAGACAGCUCAACCCAGGCAAGGUAUCCAGGUUGACCCUGGGUUGACCUAGCAGGUAAGUAUGGACACUGGACAAGUCAAGUCAGGCUAGAGGCUCUAGUAUGACCAUGACCUUGGACACCUUUUCUAGCCAUGCUCUCUUCAGAAGUGAUGGUCACCUUGACUAGGUCAAGUAUUCUGAGGUAAUCAUUAUAAUCUGGGCCAGACAUGGUCACCUGAACUCUGUAUCUUGGCUAGCCAUGGUCACCUGGGCUAGGUAAGGUAUUAUAGGCUAUUCAGAUGGUCACCUGCACUAACCAUAGUCACUUCAGUAGUCAAGAUCACUUAGACUAGGUCAAGUAUUCUGGCUGUCAUAUGAUCAUCUGACCCAGCCAUGGUCACCUGACUUGUAGUUAUUAAAACAUUUUAAAAUUAUAAUAAUAUUGAUUAAAAUAAAAUCUUGCCAUUAAAGUUUAAUUUGGGCUUAACUUCAAGGUUAAUUAAUUCCAUCAUACAUCUGUGUUGUUAAAAGCUGCUCAUCGCUAUAAUCAAACUUUAUUUUUAAAGCUUUUAAAAGUGUGUAUUAUAAUUAUAUUUUUUUUAUGUGAAGUUAUGGUGCCAUUUUCAGUGUAUCUUUAUGCGCAACUAUUUUGAAUGGCCUUUUGAUUUGAGAUGAUUAUUUGGUCAAAAAUGAGUCAAACUUCUUAUAUCAGUUUCACAUAAUUAUGUUGUCUUAGAAAACAAAUUUUUGUGUUUGACUUAUGAAUUUCAUUAUCAGACUGAAAUUCUGUGAUGGUAAUAACAAUCAUUAAUCACUAAUAUUGUUUUUUUAUAUAUAUUUUAUUCUCAAAAUGUGGGAGUGUACUAUUUAAGGAUCGCCAGGCAUUAUAUAUAUAUAUUUUUUUUUUCUUGAUCAAGAAUUGAAUUUGUCCAUAUUUCUUUCCAAUUAUGAUUACUUUAUUAUGUUUAAUAUUAAUAUACUAUUUAUAUAGGUCUUCCAGCAUAUAAUUUGAGCAGAAAAAAACAAUAUUUUUAUUCAUUUUUAAAAUCAUCAAACUUUAAGUAUGUCUUAUAAUUUAUUUCAACUGAAAAAAAGGCGGUGGUUAUAGUCUUAAAUGAAUUUCUAAUUUGAUUGGACGUUAUUGGCCUAACAAAUUAAUGAAUACAGUAACAUCCAAUCAGAAUUCAGAAGACUGAUAUAACAAUAGACACUGCUUUAAAAAAUUAAGUUACAUCAAGAUGUAAAAAUCAGAUAUUGCCAUUUAUCCUCUCUUUAAAAGCUCCAAACUGUAUUUAUUACAAAAGCUCAAUUCCCUAUAGGGCACCAGUUAAAUUUUGUUUCGUUCAGUACGCUUGCCAACACAAGCUCUCUAGUAACAAAUGCGAUAUACUAACUUUCUGAUGUUUACUUGGGCUGAUUUUAAUAUAGUUGGCUAUGGUCAUGCCAUUGAUGUUUUUUAACUUGCACAUUCAAAUGUUUAUUCAUGAACUAAUUUGAAUAUGUAAAUUGAUGCAAAUUUGAGCAAGGUCAGAAACAGGAUACAGUUUUUACAAAUGCUUCUUGCAGUGUUUUGAUAAUCAUAUAUUAUUAUAAUGUAUAUCUUUUUUUAAUGCCUGAAAUAUAAGUUAAUUGUGUCUGUGUCUCUCCUCGUAGAGGAAAUGUUUAAGGAAAUACUUUACAAUUUUUUCAUCUUUUUUAAUUAUUAAAGAAUGUGUUUCUGUAAUGAAUAAUCAAUAGAAAGAUACAUGUUCCAUAUCAAGAGGGAUAAAAACGUGACUAGCAUUUCCAAAUUAGGACGUGCUCUUCAUAAAUAUAACAUCUGUAGAAUAAAUUGUGGAGUAUUGUGCACUAAAAAAAAGAAUAUAAAACAUAAUUGACUGAAUCGAACUGAUAAAUACUUGAUUAGGUCACUAUGAAUAAUCAUGAGAGAUAUGAAUAUAUUACUUGUCCAUGUCAACUUGGAAAGACUGAUUAUGUAUUAUUCAUUAUGCCAAUUUUUAAUAAUCAUGAAUAUUUAUGAUGUCAAAUAUGAAUAGUCAUAUUCUGUUGACAAAUUAUGAAUAUUUAUAAAUAGGUCAAUCAUGAAUAUUAUAUGUACAGGUUCAGAGCAGCUUUAUCUUAACAUCAUUUCAUUUUUAUAUAAAUAGAUUAUAAAUAACUAUAAUUUGAAAUGAAUUUUCUCAUAUUUAUAAUUGCAUAUAUAUUUCUUUCAGCUGACCCAAUAGAAUUUCAUCUAUUGAUCUGAAAACAUACAAAAGUAUGUUUGGCAAUGUUAUAGUUGUAUUUAAUCAUUAUAUCAUCAUCUACGUUACUCAAUACAAGCAUGUUCCGUUAGUAAAGCUUCUGUUUUAUUUGUAUUUUUAUCAUUUGUAACUUCAUAUCAUUGCUGGGGUACUGAUUACCGUACAGUGUAUAUCGGUAUAAAAGUAAUAAUGUUUAUAUUUGGUAAUGGAGAACGCUUAUUCACCCUUACAGGUGUUUUUAACAAGGCUGCUUUGAAGUAAUAAUCUUUACUGCAAAGUGGUUGUGCCAUAUUAAUGAUGAAAUUAUUAAGGGAUGAUUUUGUUGUUAAAUCCGAGUUAUCAUUUUAAUGAUAUGUAUCUUAAGUUGAAAGCUAAAAAAAUGGGAAAUCUUUAGCCUGGUUCACACGAGAGUUCUAGUAUCCGGAUCGGGAACCGUUAGCGCUAACCGUUAGCACCUGUGUGAGAACGCCUGAUUGGUUAGCGCUAUCCGGAUACCGCGUUUCUAUCAUUUACCAAUCACAUGUAUGCGUUUACAAUUCCCAGUUUCUUAUUGGCCAGUUAUUCGAUCAUCAUAUUCUUGGUAUCCGGAUAGGGAUUUUUUCGUAUGGACGCAUGGCAGCUUACGGUUUAACCUUUAGCUGCCGUGUGAGAACAUAGGCUUUUUGUUUUGUAUUACUCAAAAUAUAUUUGUCAUGUUGACUAUGUAUUCGAGAAAAACUAAGGAGCCACGAAUAGUAUCAAGUAUACUGUAUGUACAUAUGAAAUGGGGACUGUGUGUGUGUGUUUCCACUAUUACUAUUAUUAGAUUGAAAGAUACAAACUAUUGCCUGUAUUCAUGUAAAGUGUAUUUUUGAAAGAAAAAAAAAGAUCUAAGAAAUAACCGUUUUUAGAAGGUUCUAAAUUUGUUGAAUUGAAUGUGUUCUGUUGGAACAUGAUUUGUAUACAUCGUGGGGCUGUAUAUUGGCUUAAUCCUGUUAGCAUAUGUAUGGUCAUGCAAACCAAAUAAAAAUAUCUCAAUCACA